ACACCAGAUAAAACAUAUUAAUAUGAUAUUAUACAAAAUAAAGAACAAAAGCUUUAGCAAACCGUAUUUCGUUGCUUUAAUCAGUUAAUCACUUAAAUUAAAGCAAGUUACAUGCACUGGCUGAAGACACUUCGCAUUACUCCUAACCAGUCUGGGACACAUCUCAGCGGAAUCAGGGACAUCCACGGACACUUUUAAAAUAUUAGUUUUAUUAACUUAAGACACAUUAACCGACUAAGAGAAUGAUAUUCUAUUUGUUUUCUGAAGUAAAAUAAGUCUGUGACUCUAAUUAUUGUCAUUAAUUAUUAAGUGUAAUUCGCCACCUAUUUUCUAAAAGUCACCAGUGAGUAGCUCUCAAACUUCCAUCUCCAAAACGAGGACCCCCUCAUAAUGUGGAAGAAAUAUUCCUCUUCAGCCGUCUUACUUGGCCAAAACCGUAAGCGCGCAUUUUAACUUCAAAUUUUCUCAGGGUAUUCAUUAGUUUUACUUGCAAGAAUUCUGUAAGUAUCCAUCUUCGUUUAGGAGCGAACAGCUCGAUUGUGGGUUUUUGGAUUAUACUCCCCCAUUAAUUAAAAUUAUAACGUUCAAAGACAAUGCAAACAUAGAGUCAUGGGCGCCUUUGAGUUUAGGGGCACCUCCCCUCAUCCAAGUGAAGCAAGCCUUAUCUGAGAGUUCCACGAAUCCACUCCCUUUAUGCCUGUGCUCGCCCCGCCCCCAGCGUGGAGCUGUCCAGCACUUCAGAAGUUGAGGUAUAACGCUAGUAACCCGCUCAGCAAGCAAUAUAAAGCAGGAAAAUGUAAGAGUUAAAGCUCAGUUCUCAGACUGUGAGAGGCGUUCAGUAAUAUACCAGAAACAUAACAUCACUACGGCAAAAUCUCCUGGCGCAAAGGGUGUCUUCAAGAUUAUUGAGCCAUGAAUUCAGGCUGCAAGUGGAUUUUCAUGCUGAACUACGUAUUGGGACCAAGCAUACUCACACUUUUUCUACUUACAAGUUCUUUAAAUGCAACGCAUUUUAAUAAGCUUCUUUUUUAUGGCCUUGUGCACGAAAAUGUUUACCCAGGGACCAGGGUCAGUGGGAUAAGUAUUCCACUAAAAAGGAUCAGUCCUGAAAGAUGGUGCAUCCAAAAAGGAUCAGAUAAAAGAUUUCAGCUGAAGUUAGAAGGGGAAAACAAAUCCCGAUUCCAGCUCUAUUUUCAUCACAGCCUGUCUCAGGUUGCUUUAAAAACCACAGAAAUCCUCGACAGGGAAGUGCAGUCUGUCUAUACAUUUGAACUAAGGUUGUGCUGCACACGAUGCUUGUCCGGAGAUAAUCACGUCAUUAAAUUGGCAACAAUUACAGUGAACGUUUUAGACAGUAAUGACAACCUACCCAAAUUUACUUAUCACGAUAAAAUUAGAAGAAUUGAGUUACAGGAAACCUGCAGUUUAAAAUCUGUGGUUCACAGACUGACAGCCAUUGAUGCAGACCUGGGGAAGAAUGCAGAGCUGGUGUAUUUUGCUUUUCCAGCAAACAGUUUUUUCUACGUUGUUCCCAAAACGGGAGAAGUGGUGGUCCUGGACUCGCUUCUGAAUGUACGAAGAGAUCUCCGUCUGCAUGUGUUUGCAAGAGAUCGCGGGGACCCCGCCUUGGUUGGUGGCCCUGCUGUACUAAUUAUUAACCCCCAGCGUAGGUAUCUGAAUGGAACUCACUCUGAACAACGGUUGAAAACAGACAAUGUGUUAAUCCGACCCCCGAGGUCACUACUGCAACCAGAGUCACCUCUUACUGUCAGUAUUAGGGAGGACGCCCCGGUUGGCUCAUCUAUACUAACUCUAACGCCCAUUCGUUUUGGUUCAGCCCGCUUUGAGUUGGUAUCCCCCACUGAAGAGCGCUCACCUGUUUGCCUGGAUGAGGAAACCGGAGAAAUGCGGCUCAGCAGGACCCUUGACCGUGAGACUGAACCCAAUAUCGAACUUGUUGUAAAAAUCCAGGACGUUAAAGGAAAAGACUGGUAUUUGAUGUGGAUUGACCUUGUGGUCACAGAUGUAAAUGACAAUGCCCCAGAGUGGCUCAUGUCCCCUGUUCCUUUCCUAGCUGCAGUGUCUACUGAUGCCCCUGAAGGCACCAGUGUCUACAGACUAUUAGCUCAAGACAGGGAUGAGGGGAUCAAUGGACAGUUACAGUACUUCCUUAUAGAAGGUGGAGAUGGUAGAUUUGCAGUGGACAGCGAGAGUGGUGUGAUCAGAACAACAGGAGUGUCACUGGUGAAAGAAACAGAGUACCUGCUGACUGUUUUAGUAGUUGAUAAACUUGGCUAUAAAGGACCUCCUGCUGUAGUCUCCAUCACUGCUGGCCCACGGGCUCCCCAGUUUACUAAUCUGUCAUAUUUAGUUCACAUUCCCGAGGGCACUCCAGAAGGGCAGCCGUUUCUAACUGUAUCAGCAACAUCAUUUCAGAAGAAAGAGUUGAGCUACACCAUCCUCAUUAAUCCUAGCAGCUUGUUUAACAUUCAUCGGGAGACUGGAGAAAUCAGCCUGACACGUAGUGUGGAUUAUGAGACUGACCCACAACACUAUGUGCUACUUGUGAAGGCAACUGAAAAGGGAGAGCAGUUCAGUUGUGCAGCAGAGGUACUGGUUGCAAUCACUGAUGUGAAUGACUGUGUCCCUGAAUUCCUCCAGUCAGUCUACACUCAGGACAAUGUGCCUGAAACUGUUACGACAACAACUUCCUUGAUUCAAGUGUCUACCACUGAUUGUGAUUCAGGAGUGAAUGCGGACAUUGUUUAUUAUACUCUCAGCCCAGACUUUAGUAUUUCACCUGAUGGUGUCAUCCUCCCAGCUCGACAGUUGGAUUAUGAAAAACCAAAUCACAUGUAUGAGUUUGUUGUUGUGGCUGUGGAUAAAGGAGAGGUGCCGAAUACCGCAACAGCCACUGUCAGAAUUCGCAUGUCUAAUGUCAAUGAUGAAGCACCUGUGUUUUCACAAACAGUAUACAGGACAUUUGUUUCUGAAGAUGCAAGACCUAAUACCUUAGUUGCCACAGUGCACGCAACGGACCCAGACAGUGAUGGAGUAACUUAUGCAAUUACAGCUGGAAAUGAAGAUGGAAACUUUGUUAUUGACAAACAAAAAGGGUUGAUCAGACUUCGUUCAAGUCCCUUUCCUCAGCUGCAUCUACCAGAAUAUGUACUUAGCAUUACAGCUACCGAUGAUAAUGCUUCAGGUGGUCCACAGCCUCUCAUGAGCACAGCAAAAGUUAUAGUGGGUGUCGAUGACAUCAACAACAACAAACCCGUAUUUGAAAAGUGUCAAUACUAUAAUGAACAUGCUUCUGUGGUAGAAAACCAGCCAAGUGGAACAUUUGUGCUACAAGUACAGGCAAGUGAUGCAGAUGAAGGAGCAAAUGGAGAUGUAAAAUAUGGGAUCAUGCACCGAGAUGGAAGCAUUCCAGCAUUCUGGAUUCAUCCUGAAACAGGAAUCAUCACCACCCUUCAGUCAUUUGAUCGAGAACAACAGCGAGACUAUGCUGUUACAGUCACUGCAAUGGAUCAAGCAGCAGAACCUCUCAUAGGGAUAUGCCUGAUCAACAUUGAGAUCCUAGAUGAAAAUGACAACACCCCAAUAUUUGAAAACAUGCGCUAUGAAUAUUUCCUAAGAGAAGAUACGGCAGUUGGAACAAGCUUCCUCCGUGUAGCUGCACAAGAUGAGGAUUAUGGUACAAAUGCUACAGUUUCAUAUGUGAUGGCAGAAGGACCAAAGUAUUUUCAAGUUAAUCCAUUCACAGGCUGGGUUUAUGUCAACCAGCCAAUAUCCCAGAGGUCAUACAUCACCCAGCAUAUUGUUGCUACAGAUGGAGGAAACAGGAGCACCAAAGCUGAAUUAUCCGUGACAAUUACCAAUGUACAAAACCAGCCACCAGUAUGGGAAAAAGAAAGUUAUGAAGCAGUCAUACCAGAAAAUGCAGUGAGGGAUACCGUGGUAGUGAUGAUUAGGGCAUUUUCACCUCUUGGUGAUCCUCGUGUGACAUAUCACCUGGAGGAAGGGUUGGUGCCAGAAACCAACAUCCCUGUACGUUUUUAUCUCAUGCCGAAUCGGGAAGAUGGAUCCGCCGCAGUCCUAGUAGCUGAAGCAUUAGACUUUGAAACAACCAAAACUUUUAUUCUGAGGGUUCGGGCACAGAAUAUUGCAGCCAUGCCAAUGGCAUCAUUUACAACAGUUUAUAUAAACAUAACAGAUGUCAAUGACAAUGUACCUUUUUUCACUUCAUCUGUCUAUGAGGCAUUGCUAGCAGAAGGAUCUGAUAUUGGGACAUUUGUACUUCAGGUAUCAGCAACUGAUCUUGACACUGACCAGAAUGGAAAGAUCACCUACUUUUUGCUGGAGGAUCGAAACAAGGAUUACAGGUUUUUCAGAUUAGAUCCUGAUACAGGCUCAUUAUAUGCUGAAGCAGAGUUUGACAGAGAAUUUAAAGGGACCUAUUUGCUGGAAGUCAUGUCAAGAGAUGGCACAGAAUCUGCUCGACCUGGAAAACCUGAACAGCCAAACUCUGAUACAGCUUAUGUGCGCAUUUUUAUCACAGAUGUGAAUGAUAAUAAGCCAGUUUUCACACAAAGUGUCUAUGAAGUGACAGUAGAUGAAGACCAGGAUGUGGGUUUUACUGUCAUAUCCAUCAGUGCUAUUGAUAAUGAUGAAGAUGCCAAUGCUAAGCUGAGAUAUCAGAUCAUGUCAGGAAAUGUCAAUGGGGUAUUUAAUGUUGAACCUGAAGCUGGCACUAUCUUCAUCUCCCAGUCUCUGGAUUUUGAGAGAGCACAGAGGUACGAGCUUCAUUUGCUUGCAUCAGAUGGUAAAUGGGAGGAUUAUGCAGUUGUUGCCAUCAGUGUGACAAAUAAGAAUGAUGAAGCACCGGUUUUCUCAAAGAGUGAAUAUUAUGGCAGUGUAAUUGAAGAGCUUGACGGUUCACCCAUUUUUGUACUCCAGGUCACUGCAAAUGAUCCAGAUGAGGAUGCAGAUCAAGGUGCCUUGAAGUACACGCUGCAUGGACAUGGUGUUGACAGUGAAUUCAGGAUUGAUGAAGACAGUGGCAUUAUUUAUGCACAGAAGAAGCUUAACCGAGAGGACCAUGCAGUAUGGAGAUUUGUUGUGCUGGCCACAGAUGAAAAUGGGGAAGGACUGACUGGAUUUGCAGAUGUGAUUAUCAAUGUAUGGGAUGUUAAUGAUAACCAUCCAGUGUUCACAUGCAUGCCUGAUAACUGUAAUGGAAAUGUUCUAGAAAAUUCUCCUGCUGAUACCUCAAUCAUGGAGAUGACAGCAACUGAUCUAGAUGAACCGAAUACUAGCCAUAAUGCUAUUUUGACCUACAAGAUUGUUCAUAAUGUACAGAAUGGAAACAAUCUAGACUUAUUUACUGUAAAUCCAUCUACAGGUACAAUUUAUGUAGCAUUAGGAAACCUGGACAGGGAGAAAUCUGAUAAAUAUUAUUUAACAGUUGAAUCAAGAGAUGGUGGUGGUUUAAGUGGAACAGGUACUGCAACCAUCUUCAUUUUAGAUGUCAAUGACCAUGCACCCAAAUUCACACAACAGUUAUGGAGUGCUGUCAUUUUAGAAAACAGUGAUGUAAACACAGAAGUAGUAACCAUGUCAGCAACAGAUGCAGACAUUGGGGAAAAUGCACUCUUGACCUUUACCAUUAUUAGUGGUGACCCAGAGCAGAAAUUUUACAUUGAAAACUAUAAAAAAGAAAAGCAAGGUGUCAUCCGGUUGAGGAAACAACUGGAUUAUGAGAAUGUUCCUGAACGGUUGUUCAAUCUCACCAUUAGAGUUGAAGAUCUUGAUUUCUCUAGUACAGCUCACUGUGUGGUUGAGAUUAUAGAUUGCAAUGACCAUGCCCCAGUGUUUGUGCCCAGGGUAUUUCAUGCUAAUCCUUUCUAUGAAAAUGUUUCAAUAGGAACUGUUGUGGCUAUGAUGGUGGCAUCUGAUGCAGAUUCUGGCAUGAAUGGAAAGAUUAUUUACCGUAUACAGUCAGAAUCAGACCAUUUGGGGCAAUUUAUCAUUAAUCAGCUUGGACAUGUGAUUGUGUCAGACAAGCUAGACAGAGAAGCAAUUCAGCAUUAUAGUCUAAUCAUAUUGGCCACAGAUCAAGGCAGUCCUGUCCAGACAGGAAGUGCCACAGUUGAGCUUACCCUUCUUGAUGUUAAUGACAAUGGCCCAGAGUUUGAGGCAACAUAUAUGCCUAUAGUGUGGGAGAAUAAACAAGGCCCUCAGGUUGUCCGUGUAAACCAGACAUCACUGUUGCUUUAUGCUGUAGAUCAUGACACAGAAGGCGGUCCACCAUUUUUCUUUACUUUACCAUUUGCAUAUCAGAAUUUCUCAGACUUCAGUCUAACUGACAACAGGAAUAACACAGCUACCAUUAUGGCUCUGCGAUCCUUUGACAGGGAAGAGCAAAAAGAGUUUAUCUUACCUGUAAUCAUAAAAGACAGUGGGAAUCCACCAAUGAGUGCAACAAAUACACUGACCAUUUCAAUUGGGGAUGAAAAUGAUCACGCUCAUUGUGCCGGACACAAGGAAAUCUAUGUCAAUAACUAUGAAGGAAAAAUGCCAACUACUGUUCUUGGAAAAAUCCAUGCUCCAGACCCAGAUGAUUGGGACAAUAAAACAUAUACAUUUGAAAGACAAGUAUCCAAGCACUUCAUAUUAAACCAAAGGACUGGUCUUGUUAUGAUUAAAGCCAAUGCUCCUUCAGGUGACUAUGACUUCAAAGUGAGGGUCUCAGAUGGCGUUUGGCCUGAUGUUGUCUCAACAGUGAGGGUCUUUGUGAAUGAGCUGACAGAUGAAGACAUUUACAACUCAGGCUCUGUAAGGAUCACAAAUAUCACAGCACAAGAAUUUAUUCAGGAAGAUAGAGCUGGCAAGAGCAAAUAUAAUAUGUUUAAGAACCUGCUGGGAGAAUUGUUGUUAGUACCACCUGACCAUGUCAGUAUCUUAAAUGUGAAGAACAGAAAUGGCAGAGUAACAGACAUCAGAUUCUCAGCUCACAGCUCCAUUUACUUCAGUCCUGAAAAACUUUUGGGCACACUUUCUUCUCAUAAAACAAGGGUGCAGUCAGACUUAAAGGUGAACAUCUCACAAAUUCACAUAGAUGAGUGCAUGAACAUUGAUUGUCACAGUACUGGUGGUUGUUCAAACCAUCUUCAGUUUAGUGAUGAACCAGUUUUGGUAGAUGCUGGAAAUGUGGCAUUUGUGUCCAUAACACUGGCUACCCAUCCAGUGUGCACCUGCACUUCAAGAGAGCGCAUUCAUCAUCCCUGCACAUGGUAUCCCAAGAAUCCGUGUCACAAUGGUGGUACUUGCAGCAGCAGUUCUGAUGGUUACAGGUGUCAUUGUCCUUCACAAUAUACUGGUCCUGACUGCCAACAAACAAAACACAGCUUCCUUGGAAAUGGAUAUGCAUGGUUUCCUCCCAUCAAGCCUUGUUUUGAGAGCCAUCUCUCCUUGGAAUACAUAACAGAGGUUCCAGACGGACUAUUGCUGUACAAUGGACCUAUUUCAAAUCCUGAACCAGGGGAGCCUGAGGAUUUCAUAGCAACAGAACUUGAUGGAGGAGUUCCAGUGCUGAAAAUCAAUCAUGGUUCUGGCAUACUGGUGUUGCGGUUACCAAGUAGUAUAAACACAGCUGAUAGGCGGUGGCAUCGGUUGGACAUCAAAAGCAAUGGAAAGACUGUAAGUUUAACUCUUGAUCGCUGUAGUGAGGCUAAAAUUUCUGAAGCUGAACGUGGUGGUAAGCAGUUAUCAACUGAAGAUCGAUCCUCAUGUGAAGUCACAGGUUCUACUCCAAAUGAAGCAAGGUACCUGAAUGUAAAUCAUGUUUUACAGCUAGGCGGCGUUAAAGAGUCUGUGCCAUAUUCAUAUCCACAGCUGCAGUUCAAGCAUUUUACUGGCUGCAUUCGAAAUCUUAUCCUUGACAGUAAGGUGUUUGACCUGGAAACCCCUGCUGAGUCACAGAACAGCUUCCCUGGUUGUGUAGCGACUGAUGGAAACUGCUAUAAUAUGGGUUCCUCCCUAUGUGGUACUCACGGACAGUGUUAUGGAGAGUGGGGAGCUUUCAGCUGCCAUUGUUUGCCAGGUUACUAUGGACACAAAUGUGACAAAGCUGUAAAUGAAUACUCAUUUGAGCCUGGCAGCUAUGUAAUGUACCAGAUGAGAAUGGGGAUCCCAACACGAAGGACAUAUUUUCAAGCCAUUAUCCGUACACGAACCCCUAAUAGCAUCGUUAUGAGCAUGAGUUCAAGGGAUCAAAAAGAAUACAUCACAUUACAGGUUUCAAAUGGAUUUUUUGCAGUAUCCUAUAAUCUCGGUGAUGCUGACCACUUUGUCAAAUUACCAUCAUACCGUAUCGACAAUGGGGACUGGCAUUUGAUCAGUCUGGAACGUAUUCAUAAUGAGUUCACCCUGAAGAUAAAUGGAGGCGGUGGAAAACGUGAAAUUAACAGAGCAUAUGGAACUUUCCGUGAGAUAAUAAUUGAUCCAGAUAGCUUGAUACUUGGCAAUUUUCAUCCAGUCAGCCAUAACAGGAGUUUUCAAGGUUGUAUAAAAGACGUCAGGUUUAACCACCACCAACUACACUUGGAUACUGACAUGAAAGGGCUUAUAUCAAUAGUGGCUUUACGUGGAGUAAGGGAAGGCUGUUUCAGUGAGGCCUGCAAAAGCAAUCCCUGUCAAAAGCCAUUUGUCUGCCAUGAUCUGUGGAGGAUGCACGACUGCAGGUGCCCUCCUGGUCAUAUGGUUGUACAAAACUCCUCAGGAAAGUACUGCAUUUAUACUUUGUGUGCAAAUAGACCUUGUCAUCCUGGCACCUGUGUUGCACAGUCACCUUCAAAGUUCAGCUGCGACUGCCCUGAGGGAUAUUCUGGCCGGCACUGUGAGAUCACUUUGGCAGUCUACCAUGAUGAAGUAGGCCUCAGCUUCAGCUCCAUGUUUGCAAUCUGCAUUUGCUUCUUAGCACUUCUAGUAUUGAUCAGUGGACUUAUCAUCUGGACUUGCUGGAAGAAUUAUGAGCACAUAAAAGGCAGUUAUGAAGUGAAUACAUAUUACAGUGACUGGGAAGACCUCAGAGAGAAUGUACUCAACUAUGAUGAAGAAGGUGGUGGUGAAGCAGACCAGGUUGUCUACAACAUGAAAGAACUAAGAAUGCCACUUCAACCUAUCUCCCCGCAAUCUCUCCUCAGGAAUUUAAAUGGAACAAAGUACAGUCAGCUGUCUGAAAGAUAUGAUAGCAGUCUUCCCCAAAAGCUGCUCCAGAAAUGUUUGAAUUACACUCCCAUAAGUGACGAUUCUGCUUAUUGCCUUUCAAACCAUAUCAGGAAAGGGGAUAACUAUCUUCAGGCUUUGUCCCAAGAUUCCUUGCAGGUGUACUGUACUGAAGGAGAUGGCUCCCAGGCUGGGAGUCUUAGCAGCCUAGAGUCCUCAGAAUCUGCAGAAGACUUUAAUUAUGAUCACAUUGGAGACUGGGGGCCCAAGUUUGAAACACUGAGAGCACUUUAUUCUCAUGUAGCAGAUGAAGUGCAAAGCAGAGAAACAUGUAUUACAGGAUAUACUGUUCUAGAGGACAAAAGUAAAUGACAUUGAUUUUCUUGCACUACAUCAGACAACAAGAUCUCAAAAAUGCAUUAAAAUAAAAACUUGCUAUAGAUGCACUGAGCAGCUGACAAAUCUCUCUGUAAAACUAAGCAUACAAGUUCACCAACUGCAAUAUUUUUAGGAUUCCACCACAUCUGCUACUUUUCACCUCCCUAAUAUAAUAUCAUAAAGUGAAACAAUGCAAGCACAAUUAAGAACAGGAUGCGUCUCUUCAGAAAUCAGUUUUUGGGAUACUUGUACACUGCCAUUGUCCUAUCAGGUACUGCCUGCAGUAAAUUCUGUGUGGAUUUCAUGUUUGUUCUUCCUUUUCACAACUCUGUCCAUGCUAUAGUGUACAACUAUAACUAAAUGUACAAGAAUAUAAAUUACACACAUUAACUGAUCUGCCAAAAUAUAAGAGAAACAACAUGUUUCACUAAGUAUAUUUGUUAAGUCGGUCCUAUGAAAAACCCAGAGCUCAGCAAAUUAUGUCAGUGAGUACUUCAUGCAAAGCUGACAUAAAUUCAUGAUUGGUGGGCUGUGCUAUUCUUCCCCUUAGACAAUGCUGUCAUCCAGAAAAGGUGAAUGGGUUUAUAUAUUAAACUAUAGAUACACAGAAGAAAAAUAAAUAUAUUUUUUGACCUCCACAAGAAGUAUCCCAAAGGUAAUCUUCCCUCUUUCUUUCUCCCAUCUUUGGGCUCAUACCAACCUAAAAUAAAUUUGACAUGAGAUGUACCCUCUGUAAUCAUGCCAUGCCAUUAUAAAAUAGUUUUCCUAGCAAUUUCUAGAGUUAUUUUAUACAUGAUGCCUUAGUACCCAAGCUUCUAUUUGAGCAGCCAUGAAAAACAGACCACAAGCUAAACCAUUCUUAUAAUUGUAGAGUAUAAAAUGCUUCCCAGUGUUAUCUUUCCUACAUGUCUUCAGCAGCAUUUAAAAUUAUGUAAUAAAAAGUGAUACUGACAUCUACUGUGGUACUUGCUCUUCUGCCUUUUUGCCUUCUUUCACUCCCUGUGCCUGACAAUUAAUAUCCAAUACAUGUGACAGUACUGUGCAUGUUGUCAGUCUCUUUAAACGUCCAUGAAAAGAAUGUUUCACAACCACAACUGUAAAAGGGUUCACACUACCAAAGGGUCUCCCAUCCAGAUGAAAGCCUAUAAAGACAUUAUAUAACAAGUCAGUGGUGAUACCACAUAUCCCAAGUUUUCUUGCAGUAGAUGGCAAAGAAGUAAUACAACACUUUUUUUAAAAAUUUAAUCUUGAUAUUGAACUUGUUAAUAAGGAUAAUUCAUAGACUAAAAUGGAGAAGCAUUCAUAUCAGCCAUCUGAGACAGUGUAAUGCUAUUGUCUUACCUCAUGAAGCAUGCAACAGAAAAAAAUAUCAAAUUUUAUGUAAUAAAGAAGUACUUGCACUGACACUUAGUUCACAUUAGAUGCUAAUAAUUUUUAUGUAUAGUACUGAUGUUUUUUCUGGAUUGUUGAUAUUUACAUUUUAAAAACAACUUUGCAUCACUGCAAAGUGUAUACGCUCCAUAAUGGAGUCUAAGAACUUCACCAUAAUUUUACCUCAGAUUUUUGAUAAAGUUUUUAAAUAAGGGAUUGACUUUAUAUAUAGCGAUCAUCCUAUUAGACUGUUUUGACAGGUAUUUCUUGGCCACUGCAAAAUAUUUUUUCCAGCAAGGGUUAAACCAUUGUGUUGCCUUGUCUGUUAACUGCAGUAUUUAAAUACACAUUUGCAAAGCAUUGUGUUACCUGUUUAAAAAGAGCAGUCAUACAAUUCUAGAAAAAGUACCACAACAAUUUGCAGUUUUUCUAGUUCUUAGCAGAGGCCUCUGAUAUGUUGACGCCAUUACAGUGCCUCAUUAAUGAGUCACCAUGAUGAGUGCUGUACUAUAGCCAAAACAUUAUACCAAUGCAGAUUACCACCCCCAUCCUUUUCCCCUUAAUUUGCAGCACAUUUGGCAUCUAAUCUCUCUUAUGUAACCCUGGGUUAAACAUCUGGACAUAAGACCUCCAUCACUGGACACCAUCACUUUUUCCCACCUUACAAAUAAGAUUUUAACACCUGACUCAGCCAAGGGAGAUACUGCUUAAGUCAACCAUACCAGUUGAUAGCUGUGCACAGGCUAAAGCCAGCAAUGACCAUGAAACUAACUAAACUAAAAUCAACACCCCGCAGGCAAACAUCUACAAUCCCACAUAGCAAUUGACUACCUUCCUUCCUCCUCCAAUAAAGAACAUUUCCAGUGUCUUCUCCUAUAACUCUUGAAUGCAGUUUCUCCAUUUAAAAUAUAAUAAAACUGGGUGACUUUAAUACUUAUUUGGCCUACAAAUCAUAAUGGUAAUGAAUUUUACUUGCUCAAGGACUAGUAUGACUACUGAAUGAACCUACCAGCCCCAAGUUUUAAGACAGGAAACCAGACACUUCUUGAUCUAAUAAUAGUUAAAAAGGCCAGUACCUUCUCUCUCCCCAACUCUCAGUGACCAUUACACUGUCUCAUCCCCAACUCUCAGUGACCAUUACACUGUCUCAUCCCCAACUCUCAGUGACCAUUACACUGUCUCACUCUCACCAUCAAACCAUAACCAUAAACUCUCCAUAAAACAUCUCCUUUAGAGGAAGUAUACCUCAUAAUGACUCAAAACUAAAUGUCUGUAUGGAAACAAUGGACUGAUCAGUUAUUCAUCAGUGCCCUGGCCUUAAAAAAGCCACAAACACCCUUACAAAUGUCCUUCUUCAUCUACAAACCUCCUACUUUCCCAUCAUCAUAAGACUUCUGAACCCCAAGCCCAUCAGUUAACGUACUGCUGAAUUUAAAGCUCUAUGAAAUGCUCAAUGGAAAAUAAUAAUUCUAAAAUCCAGGACAAUGUUGUCCAGAUAUGCAGCUUCACAAAAAAAAGAAAUUUUCACUAAAUAAAAGCAAACUUGUUCUAGUAAGGUCCAAAUACUUCUGAGACAAAUUAGACUGUUAGCUGGGAAAAAAUCUAACCUCACUGAAAACUCCAGCAUUGCUCAGCCAAUUAGUGGCACUCUUAACAUAAAUGUCUUUCUUUAAGCAUUUACAAAUCUUCGCCUUUCUGUCUGCUAUACCUGACCCCACUUUGUACCUCCAUUCUAUUUCUGUAGCAUAAAUAGAAAGGAAAUGGAAAGAAACACCUACUUGAAAAACCCACUACUAGCACCUCUGUAAGCUCGGAAACAUUUUACCCAUGGUUCCUCAGAUUGUAAAUGUGAUGAAUAGAAACUCCACUUUCACACCUACAAAAGCUCACUUAGCAAAAAUAUAGUUUUUUACCAUAUGGGAAAAAACAAUACUAGAACCACUCCCCAAAAUUUAAAAACCUAGCUCUCUAACAGACUAGACUCAUCUGCAUUCUGUCAACAUUAGACAGUAUCCUUGAAAAACUUGUCUACAUUCAAACUUUCCUCAUGCAAAAAUAUAUUUUUCCGUCCAGACACCAAGAGAGAACUUUACAGAGUUGCAUUCAUUGAACUGAUAAAGGCCUUCAGUGUAGUAUAUAAUGUUUUACUCACAGCUGGGUUUAGUGAUCAUGCUUCUCUCUGGUUUAAGGAAUACCUUUCUUCCUCUUCCUUGUCAUCAUCAUCAUCUUACUUUUCAAUAUUCCUUGAAAACUCUAAUGUAGGACUACACUCUAAAUUACUUAACCUUCACUGAAAAUCAGGUAUUUAGAUUACCUCACCCCAGAAAAAAGAAAGAUUAUAAAAUCAUUAUCUUGGAUGGACUGAAUCACUUGUAAUGUAUCAAGAAAAAGGAAAGCUGAACAUAAAUGCUGUUUCCUCCAUACCCUACUGCAGAUGACUAUGAAAAAUUACUUCCUUCUUGGCUCUUCUUGUAGGUUUUUCAGAACUAUGUCUUUUGUCCUCUUUACUUUUUUUCUGUAAUCAUAACUUUCCUUAAUCAAGAUAUACUUUUGCUUGAAUAUAUUAUUUAGAAUAGUAAUCUUGGAGUAUUUUAUGUUCUUUAUGAAUAAAAACUCAUUAGUAAUCUCAUACCAUAUAAUACGCUGGCUCUGGCUACUUAAUUGUCCCUAUACUUCAUCAUUAGAAACAGAAAAAAUUCAUUAUUUGUAAGCUUCAUGAAAUUGUAAGACGCCAUAAGGACUAGGUGACACCCACCUCCUUCAAAUCCCUACUGUGAGAGUUGCUCAUUUUAAAUGCCAUCAUAUGAGCAUUUUUGUGAUCACUACUAAUAUCCCGGUUUAAAGCUGUCUACUCUUUUUCUAACAUCCCUCCCCUUGCUAAAUGCUGUUCUCCUACUAAAGGGAUAUGCAUUCAUUAAUUUGAAUAGGGUCUUCUUUUUCCACAUCAACCUCGAACCUGCAGUAAAUCCAGGGUUUUUUCAAUAAACUCUGUUUUAUCAGUAUGUAUCCCACAGAUAAACAUAUUACUGCUCAGAGCUAAGGGUUUCCUAUCCUCUACUGCAAUCAUGUCUCUAAACAUAUUCUUAAUAACUUCUUUGCUACCCUAUCUGAUACACUCAUAUCUUUAUACUGCAGUAAAUGUGUACUUUGUCUAAUUAUUUGAAAAACACUUUAAAGAAUCCAAAAGUUUAACUGAAUCCUUUAGUAAGGGAUUUUCCAUAAAUGCACCACAAACUGUAUUGCCUCUGGAUUUAUGUACGGCUGUAAACAUGUAGUCUUUAUAAAGUUGUUAAAAUAUAUCUGCUCAGUACUCAUCUGUAUAUGACUCUUGCUGGCAUUUACUAUAUCUGAGCUACUGUUUAUAAAUCCUUCCAUUAUUUCUGUUUCCAUUCCAUAGCAACUUUCUCUGCUCAUUCCUUCCACCUUCACCUAGUUACUUGCAUAACUUACAUUUUGAUCAUUUUCAUUCUGCCUUCUUCUUCAUAGUAUAUAAUGCCUGGCAAUCUAUAUUGUUAUAACAUAUUCAAACUAUGUGUAAGAAUGCAGCAAUCUACAUAGCAUUUAUUCUUUCACCUGCAAUAAAGUACAGUUUGUUGGCUUGCAAGUACAUUAUUAACAGGUCAAACACUGAAAUACACAAGAUCAAAAACAGCUUGUCAAAGUCACACUGUAAUGAAAAUUAUUCAAAACUCACAACUACAAGAAUUUCAGCAAUGCCCGAACACACCCUUUGUCCUCUAGUACCUAAUUAUCCCAAUGCAGGUGAUCCACAUAACCAGAGAAAAGGAAAUUAUUGGUUUUCCAGCAAAUUCUAACACAUAUCUUUAGUGAAAAUGUCAUACAUAGAAUUCAUCAAAAUCAGACUAGAUAUUUAAGUCAACUCCAAUACUUCUAUUUACUGAAAUUGGCAUACUUAGAAUUCAGCCAUUUAUGAAGAUUAAUACUUCUGCUGCUAAUGGAAAAUGGAAUAUUUAAAUUCAGAGUCUGACUGGGCUCAUCAGGUUUGUUUCUUUGACUUGUGACUAACUGACAUUUUGCUCUAUCCCCGGUAUAGCAUAUGCUGUAUCUUUUAGUUACAAAUGUAAAAAUCAACUAAAAAUAAACUGUAGCAUAUGUUAAUAGUGUUUUUUAAAUAAA